GAUCCUGAUCUGGUAGAUAGAUGACAGGUAACGUCCCGCAUAGUCACGACACCAAAGACCGGACUACAUGGUGCAUUCAGCACCACAAAACUUCAUUAAAUUAUAGUGACACUUCAGCUGCGGUACAAGAAGUGGGGCUGUCUUUCUUGGAUUUGGCCUGUAAAUGUGUAACUACUGCUGCUGUCAGAAAGCGCAGGAGAGCAGUAAACAGCAUAUCAUUUUGCCUGAACUGCAGAGAAGUACCUGAUGGUCAGCAUGGCUCAUUCAUCUUUGCUCAUCUUGACUCUUAUGUUCAUGCAACUAUCCAGUACAUCAGGGGGCAAGAUUCUGGUGUUCCCACUGGAUGGAAGUCACUGGAUAAACAUGAAAGUGCUUGUAGAGGCUCUGCAUGCCAGAGGUCACGAGAUCACUGUUAUUCGAGAGUCUGAUAGCUGGUACAUCAGUGAAAAAUCUCCUCUCUACACCUCCGUAACUCUGUCCUGUCGAGGUGGUUUUGAGGAAAACUUUGGAAUCUUUUUGUCUCGACAGCUGGAGAUUCGGCUGCAGAGAAAACCUACAACUUUUUGGUCCCGCUUCUUGACUCAUAUUCAGAUGGAGAAGCUGAUUUUAGACCAGUUCUCAGAGUUUCAUAAGAAAAUGAGUGAAACAAUCAUUCACAUGUUUGAAGAUGAGCACCUGAUGCAGUCUUUACGCGCUGCUAAAUAUGACAUGGUCUUGACUGACCCUGGCAUUGGUGGAGGUGCGCUGCUGGCACGUUGGCUGCAAGUUCCUCUGGUUUUCAAUGUCAGAUGGACCAUUCAGGGUGAAGCUCACUUCCUUAUUGCUCCUUCACCUUUGGCAUACAUUCCAUUCACUGCAACAGAGCUGACAGAUAAAAUGACCUUCCCUCAAAGGGUAAAGAACGUUUUGAGUUAUAUUGCUGGGAUGUACACUCUCUCUUGCAUCACUGAACCUGCUUACAAGCCAAUAGUUAAACAUUACUUUGGCCCUGAUGUGGAUUACUCAACAUUUUUUCUGGAUGCUGAUAUAUGGCUGAUGAGAAAUGAUUUUAUCUUUGAGUUUCCACGUCCAACAAUGCCAAAUAUUGUCUAUAUGGGUGGCUUUCAAUGCAAGCCCCCAAAUCCACUCCCUGCUGAUUUGGAGGAGUUUGUUCAGACUUCUGGAGAUCAUGGAGUCAUAAUAAUGACUCUAGGAACAUUAGUUGGAAAGCUUCCUCAGGAUAUCUGCGAGGAAAUUGCUGCAGCCUUUGCUCAACUGCCUCAAAAGGUUAUUUGGAGGUAUGUGGGACAAAGGCCAACCAACCUGGGCAACAACACAUUACUUGUCAAAUGGCUGCCACAAAAAGACCUUCUAGGACAUCCCAAAGCUAAAGCUUUCGUGACCCAUGGAGGAACUAAUGGAGUUCAGGAGGCAAUUUACUACGGAGUUCCUGUUGUUGGAAUUCCUCUGUUCUACGAUCAGCCUGAAAAUCUUUCCAGAAUCCGAGCAAAGGGAGCAGCUGUGACUGUGGAUAUCUCCAUGCUAGAUAGACAUGUCUUCAAAGAGGCAUUGAUGGCAGUUCUUUAUAAUUCCACCUACAGGGUAAACAUGCAGACUCUCUCGAAGCUGCACAGAGAUCAGCCAGUGAAACCUCUGGAUCUGGCAGUAUUUUGGAUAGAGUAUGUCAUAAGGCAUAAAGGUGCCCGCCAUCUGCGGACUCAGUCCCACAAAAUGUCCUGGUUUGUUUACAACUCUGUUGACGUCAUUGCAGCUUUGCUGACAGUUGCUUUGCUGGUGACAUUAAUCUGCAUUUCUGUUGUUAGAUUACUGUGGAGGAGGAUUUUUGUUGGGGGAAAAGUUAAAUGUGAAUGAAACAGUGAUUGUGAGAUGAAAGAUAAUUCAUUUAAUAAUUCAAGUCUGUGAUUUCUUUUUUUCUUGCUUUACUCAGUUUACUAAAGUGUUAGCAUAUCACCCAUAAUGUUAGAAGGAUAUUGUUUUUAGAAUAAUUGCUCUCUUUAUUUCUGUUUAUACACAUCAGUUAUCAUCUUUAACUAAUCAGAUGCAAUUGAGAAGAUAUAUAAUUUAUCAAGAAUAAAUCAUACUGUCACAAUCA